AUGUCCGCCGGGACAGUGGUCAUCGCUGGUGCGGUGCUGGCUGCGGUCAUUCUGCUCACCAUCGUGGGAGUCCUGUGCCUAUGUAGGCUGCAGUACUACUGCUGUAAGAAGGAGGAGUCAGAGAAGGCCGACAAUGAUGGUGAUGCAGAGUUUAGUACCAUGACCCGCCCCCUGGCUCUGUCAGCUCCGCCCACUCCUCCCACACCGGACUUGCGCAGCGAGCACGACCGUCGCAGCGAACCGGACCGUCGCAGCGAACCGGACCGCCGCAGCGAACCGGACCGCCGCAGCGAACCGGACCGCCGCAGCGAACCGGACCGCCGCAGUGAACACGAGCGCCGCAGUAACGGUCCAGAGUAUCGGCGUCUCCCAGAGCAUGAUCGCCGCAGCACUGAUCACGACUUUCCCCAUAGUAACACACCAGACUGCCAUAGCAAUGGCCCAGAGUGUCACUGUGGAAACGACGACUACCGCAAUAUCCCCGACUCAUACCCGCCCACAUUCUUGACAGAGGCGAACGGCUGCUGCACUCCGCCCCCUCCGCCGCCACCGCCGCCGCACGAGUGCCACCACGCACACUACUGCCCUACGUGCACGCGGCCCGUGCCCUACUGCCUCCAGCGCCCCACCUGCGCCUGGGACGGACGCAACCUGUGCUACCGCUCCUUCCAACAGCACCAUGUGGAGUUACCGCUGGACAUCAGCACUCUGUACCGAAAACUACAGCUGCUGACCAUGAGAGAGAUGAGUCACCACAGCGUCAGCACUGAUGUUUAA